AGGGGCUCGCACCUGGAUCUUCCCACUCCCGUCAUGUCCCCUUGGUAUACCACCCCAUUUUCAUUUUGUUGUUACAAUGAGACUCGUUUGAUGUUGUUGAUUCAGCGUGUCGGAGUAACGCAAAUUAUAAUUUGCAAAGAUCAACCAUUCUUUUUACGGUUACGACCAUGUUGGCACUCAUCUCAAAGGGAAAAACUGCUCGGAUGGUCUCAUGGAAGAAAUACCACUCACACUCAUAUACUUAGGUAUACACAUGCAGGGUCGGCCCCUCAUACUUUCACUCAAUGUCGAUUAUUGUCGUCUAGCUCGAAUCAUUUGCAUUUUGUUCCAACUCCAAGGAUAAUCUCGCUCCCAUGUUUUUGCCCCUCCAGACGAAAAUGAGGAGCAUGAACGCCACUCUCUGGGGAUGGCGACGAAGAAAAUGACUGCUGUGGAUAAAGUGAAGACCAUGUAGUCGAAGAAAGAGGAGAUGAAAAUGGUGCAGAAGAAGAUGUCAGCGAUGAAGAUGAAGAACGCACCCCCUUCAGUCAAGGCAGCGGCAAAGCAGACACCACAUCAUUCACAGUGACUCGAACAGGAAGAGAUGAGUCAAUCCCUAGCUCUGCUCAAGGAAGUGAAGACCGAGGCCGUAGACGGCCUUGCUGGCCCCGAAGUUAGACGGAGAUAAAAUGCCACGUCCGCCAGAUGCCAUUACAGUUGUAUUCCAAAUAGCUCUUCAAUUGUGGUGGAAUUUUGCGCUACAACACUUCAACACUCCUGAGGGCAGUUGAUUUUGAUAGGUGUCACACUAAUACUGACAGAAACUUCUUGGGACUGCCACUGCCCAUAAUCAUGUCGUUGUUGAUGGUCUCAGGUGCUCGGUGUCUUGCCAUUUCCAGAGCGGGAUACAAAAG